AUGGAGGGGCCAAAAACCCUGGGUCCCUGUGGCCACUCCCACCCCCAAUGCCCCCAACCAUCAGCUUCGAGCAGCCAUGCAGGAUGCCUGGAUCCACCCUGCCAGGGGUUUGUAAGAUGGCCCUGCCUGGUACCUCUCAGCUCCACUCUCUCAAUAGAGUCGGCCAGACCUUUCCCACCUCCGGGGGUAGGAGGUGGGGGGCCCAGGGUAGGGGCUGAGGUACCUGGGAGCUUUAUGGCAAAUGAAGAGGGAGAGAUGCAGCGACAGAGACCGAGAGACCCAACGGGGACAAAACGAGGGCAAGAGGAGGCAAGGCUGGGGUGGGGCUGGCCCCUGCACUCAGGACGAGAGCAAGGGGCCCCCAGGCCAGGGGGAUCCCCCAGCUCAGGGCCCAGACCCGGCCCUUGCCCACCCCUGCCAACAGGGGCAGGAACCCCGGCUUCACCCAGGGCAGCCCCCUCCCAGCUCCAGAACGUGCCCCUGGGUCCUGCAGAGCAGUCCUUCUUCCAGCUGGAGCAGGAAAACCAGAAUCUGAAAAGACAGAACCAGGAUCUGCGAGAGCAGCUGGGGGCCCUCCUGGGGCCAGGGCAGCAGUUUCUGCCCCUAUGCCCGGAGCACUCGAGCUGCACGACCCUGGCCUGGACCCCUGAGCAGACCAGUUCCCAGCCCCUGGAGGACAGGGCACCCUUGCAGCUGCUGCGGCAGGAGCUGUGCCGGGGGGAAGAGUCCUUCGUGCAGCAGUCUCAGAAUGAACUGCAGCAGAUCCGACUGUCCUUUGAGAGGAAGAAGAUGGCCAUUACCGAGGUAUGGGAUGGCGUGGCCGAGGUACAUAUGGCCCUGAACAACCAGGCCACUGGGCUCCUGAACCUUAAGAAGGACAUCCGGGGAGUACUAGACCAGAUGGAGGACAUUCAGCUGGAGAUUCUAGGGGAGCGUGCCCAGUGCCGCACCCAGGCCAGGAAGGAGCAGCAGAUGGCAUGCACAGCGAAGGCAAGGCCUCAGCUGGGAUGUUCCGAGGGCCUCAAAAGCCAGCUCUGGCUGCUGGCCCUGAGGCUGCUGCUGGGCACCCUGCUGGCCUGUACCGCCGCCUACGUGUACGUGGUGGACCCCGCGCCCUUCGAGGGGCUGGUGCCUCCCCUGCUGAGCCGCGCCGCUGUCUGGAAGCUCCGGGCCCUGCUGGGCCCGUUCCUGCACCUGGAGGUGGACGACUUCCUGCCCUUCUAG